AUGAAGAAGUCCCGGACCUCCAGAAAACAAGCGCCUAGACCCCGCGUGCUAUUUCUUGCCAACAGUGAACAUGGGCAGACGAACCUGAUUCUCGCAUUAUCCCAUGAAUUGCUGGUGCGAGGUGACACCGACGUGCAUAUCGCCUCGUUUCCGACCUUGAAACCACGCAUCGAGAAGCUGCUUGUAGAUAACAGCCUCGACAGCGACGGAGUUCGCUCGCGCAUUCAUUUUCACCCUCUCAAUGGCCCCUCGAACAGUGAGGCUUUUGCACGCACAGGAAAACGUACGAUCUGCCAUCCUCCCGGUUAUAAAGGCGCAUUGAAGGGGUUCAAAUCUCUUUUUGAGGAAAUCUGGGCCUGGAAUGAGGAAGAGUAUCUGCAGGUGUAUGACAGCUGUCUUGAGAUAGUCCAGGCUAUCGAACCGAGCGUUGUCCUCGUCGACUGCUUUUUCCCCCAGGGACGAGACGCGGCGUAUAAUGCGGGCCACCAGGCUAUUGUUCUUUAUACGACCUCCUUGUCCCAUGUGGUGUAUGGGCUCCAGCCUUUUGCUGGAUGGGCGUGGAAAUUUCCCUUGCCAGGGACUGACUUUCCAUAUCCACUUCCCUGGAGCCUUGUGCCUUCCAACACCAGAGCCGCCAUGGAUGUUGCCAAGCUUUACCGCCGUAGCGGCCGUCAACGACAGAUUCGUGAAUGGCGGAAGCGGCAUGGUAUCCAGGGCCGAUUCCCUUUUGCGGAUUCGUGGCGACCCGACCGAUUCCAUCUGGCUCCAGGUCUGAAAGAGCUGGAUUGGCCGAUGGAGGUCCCAGAGAAUGUUCUCCCCUGUGGUCCCAUCCUAUUGCCCGUUGCACCUGUCAAGGUGCAGGAUCCGGAGCUGCAUCGGUGGCUCCACCAGGCACCCACAAUCCUGAUCAACCUGGGGACCUUGUAUGCGCCAGAUCCAGUGAUGGCUAGAAAUAUUGCUUCAGGGGUGAGGAGUUUUCUGGACUCACGGACGGAUAAGUUCCAAGUACUGUGGAAGCUUCCAAAACAUACGCAGGAUUGCGCGCAUGUUUUUGAAGAGGCGGAAGAAAUACUGGCUGCUGAGAUCAAAGAUGACCGGGUGCGCAUUCAACCAUGGUUUCAGGUUGAACCAUUGGCAAUGUUGCAGACAGGGCAGAUUGUCUGUUCCGUGCAUCAUGGUGGUGCGAACUCAUGGUACGAGGCUAUUCAGUCUGGCAUACCUCACGUCGUUCUUCCAGGUUGGCAAGACUGCUAUGAAAAUGCUGUGCGUACAGAGUGGCUCAAAAUCGGCGUCUACGCGAACAAAACAGCUGCUCCAGCAGUGGAUGCAGAUGAGCUCGGCCGGGCUCUGAUCAGGGUUGUUGGCAAUGUCACAAUGCAGGCCAAGGCAAAAGAACUAUCUGUACUGUGCUGCAAAAGAGAAGGACGAGUGAUAGGUGCCGAGAAGAUCGCUGAGUUGGCAUACCACCCGGAGAGAAUGGCUUUACCGAUCCCAGAAGUCAAUCAGCAUCCGAAGGACAAGCUGCGCACGAUCAGGAAUAAGUUCGGAGGUAUUCUAGAGACCGUCAAUCCACCUCGUUUGGACAAAUAUGCAACCUUAAAAGUUUAUACUGCUGCCAGCACACUCUUCGUCGCCCUUACGACGAAUACUUCCAUCCUCCUUCCUAUCCUCGGCUACGCUCUUCUAAUCCUCGUCCUUCUCCCAUCUCUUCCCAUUCCACUCCUCGUUCGCAUUUUGUAUCCUGUCUACGUCCUCCUGAUCACCUAUCUACCUCCCACCUCUCUCCCCUCUUUUCCUUCCCCGUCCUCCGCCGUUCGAAACUCUCCUCUUUGGUCCCUCUACACCAACUAUUUCCCUCUCAAGCUUUAUCGCAGCACUCCCUUAGCUCCUUAUCAAAAGUACAUAUUCGGGUACCACCCCCACGGCAUUUCCAUCCGCGGUGCCAUCGGCGCCCUCGCCACCAAAGGCGCCGGAUUCGACACGCUGUUUCCCGGUCUCAAUCACACUCUCCUGGUGUCGGACAAAGUCCUUCGCGCCCCCCUGCUGCGCGAGUACGCCCUCUCUUUGGGUAUCGGCAGCGUCAGUCGUGCGUCAUGCAUUAAGCUACUCUCGUCCGGCGGCCACGACGGCAACGGACUGGGGCAGGCGAUCACCAUCUGCGUGGGUGGCGAUCGCGAGGCGCGCAUCGCCCGUCCCGGCCGCAUGGAUUUGGUGUUGGGGGUGCGCAGGGGGUUCAUUCGCGUUGCGAUCGAGAUGGGCGCGAGCCUAGUGCCGGUGGUGGCGUUUGGAGAGAACGAGGUCUUUGACGUCGCGUAUCCCGGAGAUGAUGAUGCAAACAGGAGUGAGGCAACUUCGAGCCACUGGGAGCGUGAAGGCCAGAAGCAGCAAGACUUUGGCCGGGAAGGCCUGUUCACGGCAGGUGCGAAAGCCUGGAAGGCUAUCACCGGCAAGUCGACGCGGGUGAUUAGCGGACGGUGGGGGGUGACGGUCCCGUUCCGCAAGCCGAUCCAUGUGGUCGUUGGAAAACCGAUUCCGGUCAAGGAGCAGCGGUAUGUGCAGGACGAGGCUUAUGUGGAGGAAGUGCAUCGGAUGUACGUGGAAGAGUUGCGGCGGUUGUGGGUGGAGUGGAGGGAUGUCUUUGGGGUGAAGAAGGAGGUGCGGUUUGAGAUUGUGCAGUGAGACGUUAAGUGGUGCUUGGGCGUCUUCUCUUUGGCGUAUCAUUCUAAGUAGGGUUCGGGAAAAUGAAUGACAAAAAGUUAUAUAGCUGUGAUAGGCUUGAUAACGUUGAAUAUGCC